AUGAAGAAAACAUUUACCUUCUUAUCAGGCCACUGGUCGACCAAGGCACACAUAUUGGCUAACGCUCGCUUUAUGUGGAUAUCUAAAGCCCAAGACAAGGACAACGAAACGAGUAGUUCCUCUAACCGAGAUCAGUCCGCGUACUUGAGACGUCGAGAACAAGUCCGCAAAGCUCAACAGACUCAUCGAGAACGCAAAGAGCAAUACUUCAAGACACUGGAAAGCGAAGUCUUGCGUCUUCGAGCAAAUGAAGCCGGCUUCUUGAAGAAGAUACGAGAAUUAAGUGCCCAUGUAGGUCAACUCGAAGAUGCUUUGAGGCGCAAUGACAUCGAUAUGUCUACACCCAACGCCACUAUGGACGAGCAAUUUGCGGCAUCAUCCACCGCCGAACAUAACAGCAACAUUUCUACACUGCAUCAAACCUCACUGAACACAGGUACUACCAAUAAAACCGUGUCGCCGUCAUCUUACCAUCCCGUACGAGACCAGCAUACACAAGUCAAAAAGUCGACAGAUACAUCUGUACUUGCCGAUGGUAUGGAAUUCGUACUGACACUUGAAAAACCUUGUCUUGGUCACAUCCAUCUCGACUUGAACAAUCCAAGUGAGCCUUCUGGCCAUGUUCUAACCGCCUCGAUGCCAAUGUUGAAUGCCAACCACUAUCCACAGUCCUUCACCGACAAUUCUCCAUCCUUAGAAGCUUCAAAGGCAAUUUUCGACCGUCUAACGACCUUAUCUUCCGAGCUUGUCUGUGAUGACGAAUUCAGCCCUAUACAAGCAUGGAAUUAUAUUGUCGACCAACCACUUGCAUACAAACCCGGCAUUGGCCAGCUGCGUAAACUGGCCGAGAAUUUACUAAAUCAUAUAAAGUGUUACGGAUUUGGCGCAGUUGUCGAGAAAGAUAUCUGUGUCAAAAUGGUGGCUGAGAUAUUGACUUCUAGCUGA